GGCUGCCACAGUGCGGGUCCUGUAUUAGACAGUCAAAAUGUAUGGAAUAGUAGAGAAGAUCUGUCUAAUAUGGCAGCUUACAACAAGAGAAAAAAUAUAAGAAAAUCUGUUCGCUGCCAGUCAAUGCCAGCCACAUCAAAUGUUACAAGUUGCCAGAUCAACAAAAGAAGAGGAAGAGAAAGAAACAGAAAACAACAGGAUAUGGUCGAUCAUAUUGAGAACAAAGUGCGUGAACUAAGUGCAGAAAGACAGAAGAGGGAGGCUGCCCUGUCUCAAGAGAAAGAAGAAAUGCACAUGAAACCUUAUGGAAAAGUGCCAUUCUGGGUUCUACAACCAACAAGACUCAUUGCCACUGAGAGCAUACGCCGUGCUCAGGAGCGGAAAGAAGCAAUCAAACUACGACUAGAAACAAAGAGGCUGCAGCAGGAACAACAGGCUGCUGCUGAACAAAUGAGGUUGGAGGCUGAAAGAGAAAGAGUGCAUUCUCUGCAUGAACUGGUGUGGACACAAUAUAAACGGAAAGUUUCCCGUCGACUCUUGCUGGAUCCACUACGUGCUCUUGUUGCUGAAAGUCGUCAGAAACAAGCUGAAGCCUGUGUUUUUGCUUCUCGUCUGUUGCUUAGGAAGUACUGGAAGGCAUGGAGACAAAUUACAUUUGAGAAACUGAAUGUGCUUUCAGAAGUAGUGCGCCGAAUUAGGAUGAGGCGUGCUUUUCAGGCGUUUCUUGAGAUUAAAACUGACAGCAGGAGGCAGCAUCAAGUAGCAGAAGAUUUUUAUGAUGUAUGGAUAUUGACAAGACAGGCAUUUCUAAGGUGGAGGAGCUUUGUAAAAGAACAGUUGGCUCAUGAAGCAACUGUAAUGCAAAUGGCAUUAGAGCAUUAUAAUAGAACACUGCUUUGCCGCUACUUCAGGCAAUGGUACAAGGUGCGAGAUGAAAAGAAACGUAAAGAACGGCUUGAAGGGUGGCGUAUACGUGUACGUGAAAUACUUCCAGACUUCAUGCCUCCUGAUACAGACUAGGGCUACAGGGCUUACAUAUUACAUAAAAUAAUACACGUAACAAAAUGUGUUUUAUGUUACAGUCUGUAAAUAUACACCUUUACUGUUUCAAUUAAGCAACAGCUGGUGUGAAUUGAUCUUUCAUACUGAAGGAAAAUGGAAUCACUGUUAAUUAUUUGAAAAAUCCUUUGAUUGUUCUUCUUUUGUAAGAGCAGAUUCUACUCUUUCUUUUUGUUUGUAAUAUUGUGUAGAACUAAGCAUAUAAAAUGUAGGAGAGAGAGGAUUUUAAAAAAAUCUCAUUGCACACAGUUAUUGCUUUGUUUUAGACAUGCAGACACUGCACUAAAGUAUUUAUCCUUAUAAUGUUAGUAAUUGAAAAAAUAUUUACUUAUGUGUUCCAGGGAUAGUGUACAUGCAAUAUUAUAAUGGUGCCCUUUGUAUCAGUUUUAUUAAGCUGUUUAUUUAGUCUUAGUGUUACACCAGUUCACAAUGAGAUUUAUCAGUCUCAUAGAGGAUAAUUUCUUUGUUAAAUUCAAGCAGUUUGUUGCUGUUGUGAGCAACAAUACUGUGAUUUGAGCUAUGUUGUUCUUUACUGAUUACUAUUUAAAAAAGUAUGUCAUUGUGGAAUCUUCAAAAAUACAGUGUGUGA